UCAGAAAUGACAAAAAGGUCUGGGGGUAUCUCUUCCUCAACCCCGUCCUUACCAUUGCUGUCCAGUAGCUGGCAGUCCCAAGACAACAAUCUCCCUGGGUCAGCCAGAAGUUUACAGACAAAGUCAGUCUCUCUGGAUACUGGGCUGUGGCCUGAUGAGGAGGAUGAGGAGGCCGAGCGUCUGGGAGAUGAAGACUUGGAUAAGCAGUGGGACGGAGCCUUACUGAACAGCAUGACAUGCUGCUGCUCCUGCGAGCCUCGCUGUGCCUGCUGUAUUCAGGACGGAUGCAGCAAAACGGCCACUUUUGGAAAGUUCCCUUAUUCUCUGGGGGAGCUCGAGGGGAUGAUGCGCUGUCUGAAGCAGUUCCGCUCAGUACUGACGGACAUUGAGGAGCAAGUGUCCGAGGAGCAGGCAUCAGUUUAUAAUGCCUUGACUGUCACUGACAGGGAGGAGCUUCAAGAAAUAGCUGAGUUGAGGAGAGCAGUGAAGCAGGAGGCUGGAGAACUGGAGCUGCAGCUUAAUGAACUGGCCCACCACUACGAUGACAGCUUGAAAAUGAAGAUCCACAGGCUGCUGGAUGAGCAGUCCCUCCUCCGGUCUCAGCUCCGACUUCUGCCGUCUAAAGCUGAUCCGUCUUCACACCACAUCAGCUCCACCAAGAGCGUAGCCACCCAGUGCUGCCUGCUGCCCUGGCUUCCUCUAUCUGAGCCGACGAGGAGCCCGCUGCCUGGCUCGGAGGGAGGCUGUCAGAGGCUGAGCUCUUCUCCCACCAAGUCAGACAAGACCGACUUCAUGGGCUUUCUGCAGAGAGUAAGAAACUGUGUUUGACACACAGAUGAUGCACAUAAACUACUUGCCCCCAGAUGAGACAUGGUCAUUACAUCAUCCACUGCGGCCCCAUUUGGCAAGAAUUAUUUCUGAUAUUGUAUUUCCUUGAUUAUAAAUAUGAGAUAAAUUUGUGAAACACAUUGUGUAAGAUCACCGUGUAUUAUGUGUGCUUUUUUUUCUUUGUAGAUUUAGAGAAAGCAUACGACAGGGUGCCGAGAGAGGAGGUGUGGUAUUGUAUGAGGAAGUCAGGAGUUGCAGAGAAGUAUGUAGGAGUGGUGCAGGAUAUGUAUGAGGGA